UCGGUUAACCACUUGUCCUUGUUAGGGUUUUGGCAGUUUGGAGCCUAUCCCUGAACCACUGGAUGUUUGGCUAGAAGGAGUAACACCCUGGACGGGACACCAGUCCAUCUCAGGGUAGCCAGAGCAGCUGAUGUUCUCAAGGACCAGAGACACGUGAUGUAUGAAGGCAAACAUAUACACUUCUCCGAGGUGGACAACAAGCCUUUGUGCUCGUACAGCCCCAAACUCUGCAAACAACGCAGGCUCAAUGGCUAUGCAUUCUGUAUCCGCCAUGUUCUGGAGGACAGGACUGCGCCCUUCAAACAAUGUGAAUAUGUGGCCAAGUACAACAGCCAACGGUGCACCAACCCCAUCCCAAAGUCUGAGGACCGCAGGUACUGCAACAGUCACCUGCAGGUGCUGGGCUUCAAACCCAAAAAGGAGCGUAAGAAGAAACAGGACGUACUGGAAGAAAUGCGUUCCCGGCCCCACUUGGAGUCAGUUGCCCUCAACGUUGUGGUGCCCUGCCCCCCCUUAGCUCUAAAGACCCCCAACGGGCUGGAGGCAUUUCCAGCCUGCCUUCCCUGUCUACCCCGUGGUCAUCUGCUGCCCAUCUCGCAAACUGAGCUGCAGGACCCCUUCCAUGAGGAUGAAAUGGACAGUGAGGAUGGCAGCCAGCAGAAAGGCUCUGUUUUUAAGAUGAAUCAGGAGGGAGAGCUGGAACUCAGCCAGAAGCUGCAGCUGAAUGACACUGACCUCCUCAACUCACCUACAGAGCACUUUAGUAUCUCUUCUCUCCCCUUUCCACAUCCCCCUUCUUCCUCCCCUCUCCAUUACCUGCGUGCUGCACAGCAGCCGGGACUUCUCCCCUGGCCUCCGAACUCCCACCAGACCUUCUCCAGCAUUGCUGCACCACAGCAGGGCAGAUUAUGCAAACCAUCACCACCUCGGGUCAGGCUCUUGCCAACCUCCAGUGGGACUCAGAGUCGAGAGCAGGCCACUGGUCCUGCCCUCAGCCAGAAUGCCCUUCCCACCUAUCCCAGUCCUGUCCCCAGUGCUCAGCAGGGUAUGGUGGUGCUGCGUUCCACUACCUUCCUGCCACCGGUUACCUGCCUAGCGCGGUUGAAGCGGCUGGUCCAGUUGUGUGCUCAGCAACAGGAGCAUCACGGAGACCUCUUCCCUCAUCUUGGGUUGGACUGGUCUGAAGACAGUGCAGAGGAUGAGGAUGAAGAGAUGGAUAGAGUCCCCCUGUAUCGCUACCCUUGGAGACUGACAGAGAAAUACUUGCAGGACAACUCAGACGAAGAGGUGGGAGACUCGCGUAGGACCAGGCUGGCUCGGCUGUGCUCGUACCUGCAGCAGAAGUACAAGCAUUUGUGUCAGCAGGAGAGGGCAGCUGUACGCCAACGGAGGUACCAUUAUGCUUUCCGCAAGGCCCUGCUGCAUGCAGCGAGCCGGGACCCCCACUGCGCUGGGCAGCUACUUGAGGAGUUGGGAAGGGCCUCGCAGGCGCGCCCCAGUACCCCGCCACCAGUGAAGCAGGACGUGGAACCGGGGCACUGCGCAGGGAGCACCAGGGGCCAGGCCUGCAGCGGUCGUGUACUGCCCUUUACCCGCCACUGCUUUCAGCACAUCCUUCUGAACCGCUCCCAGCAGCUCUUCUCCAGCUGCACGGCCCGGUUUGCCGAUGGUCAGCAGUGCUCCAUCCCUGUGUUCGACAUCACACACCAGACGCCGCUCUGCGAGGAGCAUGCCAAGAAGAUGGAUAAUUUCUUACGUGGGGACAACCACCGCAGACUGCAGCACCAGCAUCAGCAACAGCAAUGCAGGCCACGCAAGAAGACCAAGCAGCCAGCACUCACAAAGAAGCACAAGAAGAAAAGGAAGAGAGGUUCCCGGCGGCCGCAGAAGCCCAUCCCACCUGCAUUGCCCCAGGGCAACCUGGCAGUGCCCUCCUGUCUAAUACUGCCUGCGCAAGUGGCUGGCAUCAGGAGUCCAUCUACAGCAGACCUCAGUGCAGAAGAGCUUCCUGAUGACAUCACCAGUGACAUCACAGACAUUCCAAAUGACCUUGAGCUCAACCAGGAGGAUUUCUCAGAUGUGUUGCCUAGGCUUCCAGAUGAUUUGCAAGAUUUUGACUUGUUUGAAGGUAAGAAUGGGGACCUGCUGCCCACCACAGAGGAGGCAGAGGAGCUGGUUCGAGCCCUUCAGGCCAUGGGUUCCUACACAGAGUCACUGGUGUGCCUGGGCCCUAUUGGAGACCUGGGCCAGCCAGACACAGUGGACCACCGCACCAUGUCGGUGUUCUCCAACCCAGGGGUACAGGGUGGGGGCAUGGGAGACCUGCUGAAUGGGCGCAUCCCUGUGGAGAAUUUCUCAAACCUGGAGCUGGAUGACAACCUCCUGGAGUCUGCAGGGGCCUCUUUUCCCUCAUCACCGCCAUCCCCCCAGGCUGAACCCCCGGUGACUGCAUCCUCAGCCUCCACGCAGGAGGUCUUAGUAGAGCGGACAUUUCGGCCCCGUACCUCUCACCUACUGAACAAGCUGGAAAUAUCCCACUCAUCUCCGCACAGCAACCAUUAUGGCAGUGAGCAUGUGCCAUCACCCUAUAGUGACCACAUGUCCUCUCCCCACCCCAGCUCCUUUCAGACAGAACCGCCAUUGUUACUGGAGGUGCCACUGAAUGGACUCCCAUGCCCUUCAAGGUCUCCUUGGAACCACCUCCCUCUUUCCCUCACGGACCCUGGGCAGUUCGGAAACCUUGUUGGACCCGAGGGCCAUCUGAUGUCCACCUCCCUUUCCACUCCUCCCUCUAGUGUGCACUCUAUCACCCUGGGGCCCACAGCUGCGCUCUCUGUGACUAACCUUCCUGUACCUCUUGCCUCAACCUCUUCCUCUUCUUUACAUAACCUCCUGACCUCCACCCAGCCCAAGCUGCAGCUCCCUCAGUUCAGCGCUGUCUUUGGCCACCAGCUGGCUUCGCACAGUGGCAUCCCCAAGGAUGUGCACCCCAACCAGAGUUCCACGGCACCUCCAUCGAGUUUCUCCAUUGCCAGUGCUGUGGCUGCUGGUGCCAGCGGUUCUGUGCCCCCUUUCACCACCCAGUAAAGGGCAAGAGUCUGGUGAGAUAGAUUCAUUGAACUGCACACCUGCUACUCUGAAGACUCAAAGUAUUCUUCUACUACGAAGAGGCCAAUUUCUAGGUCAUGGGUUAGGCAUGUUCAGCACUCAUGAGUAGAGUGUAGCUGGAGGGUCUUACCUCUAGGGGGUGCAGCUGGACAUAGAUGUGCUGGUGGCUGGCUGGUGGGGAGCUACAUAACACAGACAGGUGGCAAAUUGAGAGGUGGAUGGGGAUACUCAGAAGGUUCAUGUCCAUCCCAUUAACUGGAGCAGUUUUGCAGAACUCAGGCUCUUAAUUUUCUUUUGGUUUUCAUUUUUUGCCCAUCUCAUGUUUGUCUUUCAUACUGUUUAUCUAACUAUUUGUAUUUUUUACAAAGACAGGUCCCCUUUUUAUUGAAACUGGUGUGUGUGUGUGUGUGGUUCUUGUACAACUCCACAAGGGGGAUUUUAAGACCAGCAUUCCAAAUCUCACAGAUUAUGGAACAUAAAAAUCUUGCCAAACCACUUUAAACAAUGUUUUUCUUUUAAAUAUCCAGUGUUUUCUUUGGUUGAGCGAAGGAGAGAUGUUUCUCAGUACAAAGCUGUAGAUUCCCCAGGAGCCACAUGCUUAACUGCAGUAGAAAGCUCAACUAGUCACUGGAUUAUUUUGUCACUGCAUUUUAAUAGUACACUUACAAUAUUCAGUCCGUGCUUUCACCUCAUGUAAACAUUUGGAGCCAUUCUGAGUAGUCUUUUUUUUAAUGAACAAACUAUGGCCUCGAAAAUGUACAGGGAAAAGACUUGGUCUCAGGUCAGCGGAAGCCUCAGUGACUGCUGGGUAUCACUAUACCCAGGACUUUAUCAUCUGAAGUCAUGGAGUGAGUGGUUGCUGUGAGGUCACUGGCUCCCUGCAUCCACCAGUGGUGCUCAUGUGAAGUGAACACCUCCCCGAUCCUCCAGGACUGCAGGUGCGAACCAGUCCUUCUCGGUGCUCUCUGUCUCCGUGCUAACACUUGCCUUUAAGGGACCUUCUGACUGCUGCUUGCGGUCCCUUUUACUUCAGGAACUCGCGCGAUAUUAAGGUUCUUUGUCCAUUGUAAAUGCAGUUGCUUGUGGUGUUUGACGAAGUCCUGUAGCCUGAGCAGUAGGAACAGGGAAGAGUACCAUGGCUUGUUCACUUUGAGGGAAUCCUCUGCUGGGAUUGGGAGACUCCUGGGUAUAAAAUGUAUGUGCAAGAUCUCAAAAUCUGAAUUUUGAUACAUAUUUAUAGUGUAGCACUAUACACAUUGGGUUGCUGUGGUGAGUAAAAUUGUGUGGUCCUGUACUGAAAUGAAGUUGUGGAAAUUUGUCAUCUGCAAAUUUGUUUCAAUGCACUGUCAGUCUUUUGUGGAAUAUCCUUCAUUGGUUUGUAAAAGCCAUCAAAAGGUAUAACUGUGUUAUACUCCUUGACAGACGGAUCAUCUUUGCUACAGUUCCUUGUGUUAAACUGUAUCGCUGUGUUUCUUGACUUUGAUUAUGGGCAAUAGCCAUUACAUUUUCCCUUAAAAUGCACAGGUAGCAAUGACCCCUCUGAUCAGGUAUCCCAGACCCAUUUUAUGUGUGGAGGGAGUGUUUAGGGGUAUCAUCAACCUACCUGUUCCUCUGCUGCAGGAGGGCAAGUAAUUAGAACUCUUGAGCUUUUAAAAUAUUGUUUUCCCAUUGAGCUUUUUCACUCUCAUGGCUGCCGAUGCCAGGGUGUCCCAGAAAUACCUACAUCAAUAGUAGGUUCUAACGUUUCCAUGGCGCGAGGCUGUAUCCAUGCGUUUGAAAGCACAGGUUCACUGUAGCAGAGUUCAACCUCCCAUGUCUAUUUAAUGUAUCAGGGGCUCUAAAAGCACUCAACACCUGGCUGACAUAUUCCUUUACACACUGAAUGUACUGUAUUCCUGUUUUUAAAUAUGAAUCAGAUGACAAUUUAGUCACCUUUUAUUUGUCCUGAUUUAAAGUAUUUUUUUGUAUACAAAGGUUUACAUUUUUUUAAUGUAUUUUUUGUGUACAAAUGUAAUAUGUGUAUAGACACUAUGUAAUAUCUGUAUAUAGUGUGACAAACUGAUCUGUUUU